AUGGAAAUUCUGAGUAAACUUCAAAAUGAAUACGACAAGAGAAAUCUUAAUACUGAAGAUGAAAGGAAGUGGAAUAAAUUGAAGGAAAUUCAUCCAGAAUUAGUAUUUUUGUUUGAUUUGACCGAAACAAUUGGUUGGGUUCCAACUGGCAUCGAUCAAGAGGAAGUAAUCAAACAAGCGAAGUUAUCAAAUAUAGUUUCCUAUGAUAAACUUUCUUCUUAUGUUACAAAGACUGAUCCAGAAAACAAAGAUCAAUCUGACUGGUUUAUUGCAUUAAUGGAUUUCUCUUCUGAUUUGUAUCAUUAUUACAAUCUUUUGAAUACAAGCAGUUGCAUUUCAAGUCUUUUAUUAUUACACAAGCGCGGCUACAACAUAGGAAAUAUCUUUAAGACUUAUGAUGGUAUUUCAUUAACUUUGAAUAUGUAUGAUUCAAAUGCAUUACUUUUUGAUAUUUUUGACAAAUACCUGAACGCAAUUUAUAAUUCUGACAGGAGUUUAUUCAAUGUUAAUAAUCUCAUUGAAAAGGUAAACAGCUAUAUAAACCAAAAAAACUUCCUAGUCCAAGCUGGUAUGAAUUUAUUGUUAAAUACAAUAAGAAAUAUGAUGUUAAUUUGCCAAUAA